AUGGCACUUUUCUCCCCAGGGUUCCCUGGCUCUAUGGAGAUCACCUGGACCACCUUCAAUGAGACGGAGGAGAGCACCGUGGAGUACGGCCUGUGGGGCGGACGGCUGUUUGAGCUGACCGCCAAGGGCAACGCUACUUUGUUUGUGGAUGGAGGAUCAGAGGGGAGGAAGAUGUACAUCCACAGGGUCACUCUCACUGACCUGAGAUCUGCCUCUGUUUAUGGUAGGUUUCCAUGUUAAUAGAACUAGCAUGAUGGAUUUAGGCUAUGUCUGUUGCCUGUCACAUUCGGUCUAUGGCCUGUCAUCAUCAUAGUAUUUAUAGGACAAGGUUUUCUUCCCGGUGUUGACUGCAGUGUACCACUGUGGCAGUGAGGCUGGCUGGAGUGAUGUGUUCUCCUUUACUGCUCUGAAUGAGAGCACUAGCUGGAGUCCCAGGUUUGCCAUCUAUGGGGACAUGGGCAAUGAGAACCCUCAGUCUCUGGCCAGACUGCAAAAGGAGACCCAGGUCGGGACGUAUGAUGUCAUCCUACACGUCGGUAAGUGGUUAAACUCCCAACUGAUUGUCUUAAGUGAAUGACCUUAUCAAUGUCGACAGUUGUUGAUCCAAACUACAGAAUAACUUGAAUCACAGUGGUACAGUUGAAGUCGGAAGUUUACAUACACUUAGGUUGGAGUCAUUAAAACUUGUUUUUCAACCACUCCACAAAUUUCUUGUUAACAAACUAUAGUUUUGGCAAGUCGGUUAGGACAUCUACUUUGUGCAUGACACAAGUCAUUUUUCCAACAAUUGUUUACACACAGAUUAUUUCACUUAUAAUUAACUGUAUCACAAUUCCAGUGGGUCAGAAGUUUACAUACACUAAGUUGAAUGUGCCUUUAAACAGCUUGGAAAUUCCAGAAAAUUAUGUCAUGGCUUUAGAAGCUUCUGAUAGGCUAAUUGACAUCAUUUGAGUCAAUUGGAGGUGUACCUGUGGAUGUAUUUCAAGGCCUACCUUCAAACUCAGUGCCUCUUUGCUUGACAUCAUGGGAAAAUCAAAAUAAAUCAGCCAAGACCUCAGGAAAAAAAGUGUAGACCUCCACAAGUCUGGUUUAUCCUUGGGAGCAAUUUCCAAAUGCCUGAAAGUACCACGUUCAUCUGUACAAACAAUAGUAUGAAAGUAUAAACACCAUGGGACCACGCAGCCGUCAUACCGCUCAGGAAGGAGACGCGUUCUGUCUCCUAGAGAUGAACAUACUUUGGUGCGAAAAGUGCAAAUCAAUCCCAGAACAACAGCAAAGGACCUUGUGAAGAUGCUGGAGGAAACGGGUACAAAAGUAUCUAUAUCCACAGUAAAACGAGUCCUAUAUCGACAUAACCUGAAAGGCCGCUCAGCAAUGAAGAAGCCACUGCUCCGAAACCGCCAUAAAAAAGCCAGACUACGGUUUGCAACUGCACAUGGGGACAAAGAUCGUACUUUUUGGAGAAAUGUCCUCUGGUCUGAUGAAACAAAAAUAGAACUGUUUGGCCAUAAUGACCAUCGUUAUGUUUGGAGGAAAAAGGGGAAUCUUGCAAGCCGAAGAACACCAUCCCAACAGUGAAGCACGGGGGUGGCAGCAUCAUGCUGUGGGGGUGCUUUGCUCCAGGAGGGACUGGUGCACUUCAGAAAAUAGAUGGCAUCAUGAGGAAGGAAAAUGAUGUGGAUAUAUUGAAUCAACAUCUCAAUACAUCAGUCAGGAAGUUAAAGCUUGGUUGCAAAUGGGUCUUCCAAAUAGACAAUGACCCUAAGCAUACUUCCAAAGUUGUGGCAAAAUGGCUUAAGGACAACAAAGUCAAGGUAUUGGAGUGGCCAUCACAAAGCCCUGACCUCAAUCCUAUAGAAAAUGUGUGGGCAGAACUGAAAAGGCGUGUGCGAGCAAGGAGGCUUACAAACCUGACUCAGUUACACCAGCUCUGUCAGGAGGAAUGGGCCAAAAUUCACCCAAUUUAUUGUGGGAAGCUUGUGGAAGGCUACCUGAAACGUUUGACCUAAGUUAAACAAUUGAAAGGCAAUGCUAUCAAAUACUAAUUGAGUGUAUGUAAACUUCUGACCCACUGGGAAUGUGAUGAAUGAAGUAAAAUAUUAAAUAAAACUAUUAUUCUGACAUUUCACAUUCUUAAAAUAAAGUGGUGAUCCUAACUGACCUAAAACAGGGAAUUUUUACUUGGAUUAAAUGUCAGGAAUUGUAAAAAACAGAGUUUAAUUUUAUUUGGCUAAGGUGUAUGUAAACUUCCGACUUCAACUGUAUAUAAUUGUGGUUUACUUUGGGUGAAAUAUGGAGCACACGUUGGAGAAAUGAUGCAUGACCAAUAUGUGGUUUUGUGUUUUCUAGGGGACUUUGCAUAUGACAUGCAUGAGGUAAAAUAUAUCUAAAUAUUUUUGUUUUCUGUACACACACAUGUCCAUCACUGGCAGUUGGUAGAAUGAUACACAUAUCAUUUAUGUUAAGGACUUUCUCAUGAGAUUUCCAUGAAGUUAAACUAUUGGCAUAAGGGGGUACACUCAAAGCUUAUGGUACCCUCAGGGUAAGAUAUGAAAGUAGACUAUGUCAUCAUGAGCCUAGACCUCUUAAGCCCAUCUGGGUGUCUGGCUAGAUCCAUGAUGACAGAUGAGAUAUAGCCACUCUAACCCUGCUCAGUCUUAUCCCUAGCGUCCCAUUACUAUUCAUCAGCAGAUCAUGCCUGGGCCAUGGUUAAGACACGCUGCUGUAAUGAACUGCAUAGCUGUGAAAUGCCUUAAUCAUGUGCUGAAAGACUGGAAUUAGGGGCAUAACACUGAAGUAACCAAUGAAGUACAGCAGCAGGGCUCUAUUCAGCCGAGACAACUAGCUAAUGUAGACAGAGGCCAUGUUUCCCUGAACCUAACUGGCCAGUCUCACUGCGCCCUUCAUAAAUACUAUGACAUAUAUUAAUCACCAAUGGCAUACAUCAGCGGCUGCCGUUUCCCUAAAAUUAAUUAGCAAUGUUGGUUAUGUUGUUCCAUUUAUACUUUUCUCAAAUAUGUAGAAAAAUGCUGGACAUUAUGAGCAGACAACCAUAAAAAUUAAUCGCCGUAAUUCAUGCUGAGUUUGAGCUGGAAUGUCUAACUGUGUCUAAAUGUCUAACUGUUCCGUGGCUUCCUUGAUAUUAUAAAUAGAAAUUCUUUCUGAAAGCUCAUUAAGGGCAAUGGGAAGAUUACCAUGCCAUCCACCACAGUGUGUUCAUAAGCUCAAUUGCCACCAUUAGAAUAGUUGUGAAAUCAAUGGUUCUAGUUUCAUUGGGGUUUCGUUUGGUAUGCAAAUAGUUCAUUCCUGAAGCUGUCUGGAAAAUGUAUUUACAGAACUUUGGCUUUAGAUCAUUUAAUGUGCUUUUUACUUUGAUCCUGUCAGCCUUAUUAUAUCAGGCUUCAUUAGCACUAAAACUGUGUUAUGCUGUGGUAAAUGACUAAAUCAAAUUGUUUCAGGACAACGGCAGGAUUGGAGAUGAGUUCAUGCGUCAGAUCCAGUCCAUAGCUGCCUAUGUGCCCUAUAUGACCUGUCCUGGGAACCACGAGGCUGAAUAGUGAGUAGGACCUUAUCAUGACCCCCUUUACUUAAUUCUCUCUCUCUCUCUCUCUCUCUCUCUCUCUCUCUCUCUCUCUCUCUCUCUCUCUCUCUCUCUCUCUCUCUCUCUCUGUCUCUGUCUCUGUCUCUCUCUGUCUCUCUCUGUCUCUGUCUCUCUCUCUGUCUGUCUGUCAUGAGUAGAACUGUAUGACCCCCCCUUUAAUUAUUUACUUCUCUCUGUUCCUCUCUCUCUUUCACACCCACGCACCUGCACACAGGCACCAGUCAUUUAGUGUUAAACUGAUUAUUUAAAACUGACAGUGUUAUGAAUAGUUUAUAAUCUUCAUAAACAGUGAGUCAACAUGGUAGCAGUCUGCUUUCUUUCUGCUCCCCAUUAGCCAAUGUUUUCUGCUCCUGGUACAUAUUUUGGUGCAUUCUGUACAGGUCACAUCUAAUCAAUGCUAUUAUUAAAGGGUUUGGUAAAAAAUACUCAUGCUGUAUUUCAUAUUGGUGAGACACUGCCAGACCUCCCCAGACUUGGUAUCCAUAAUGUGCUACUGUACUGUACUGUGAGGCAGCGGUAGAAGCUCAGAAAAACACAUUUUUGGUCAGAGUGGAGCAACCACAGCUUUUCCACUAUAGAAAACACUUUGGUCAUCUCCGCUGUGCCAUUGGAACAGAUGGGAGCUAUUUCAGCUUCUAAGGUCUGGAGGUGUUUCAAGAACCACCGACAACUAAACAAGUAAACCUUGUCCAAAAUAAACACUGACUGCGACAUAAGUUUCCUAUCUUGCGUUUAGGCCAACAGAAACUACUGACAGAAACUCACUGAAAUGUUGUUUUUGUUUAUUUACCCCACAAUUACUCUCAGACAAAGUCUAAAUCAAAUCAAAUCAAAUCAAAUUUUAUUGGUCACAUGCGCCGAAUACAACAGGUGCAGACAUUACAGUGAAAUGCUUACUUACAGCCCUUAACCAACAGUGCAUUUAUUUUAAACAAAAAAAGUAAGAAUAAAACAACAACAAAAAAAGUGUUGAGAAAAAAAGAGCAGAAGUAAAAUAAAGUGACAGUAGGGAGGCUAUAUAUACAGUAAAAUAAAGUGACAGUAGGGAGGCUAUAUAUACAGGGGGGUACCGUUGCAGAGUCAAUGUGCGGGGGCACCGGCUAGUUGAGGUAGUUGAGGUAAUAUGUACAUGUGGGUAGAGUUAAAGUGACUAUGCAUAAAUACUUAACAGAGUAGCAGCAGCGUAAAAAAGGAUGGGGUGGGGGGGCAGUGCAAAUAGUCCGGGUAGCCAUGAUUAGCUGUUCAGGAGUCUUAUGGCUUGGGGGUAGAAGCUGUUGAGAAGUCUUUUGGACCUAGACUUGGCACUCCGGUACCGCUUGCCGUGCGGUAGCAGAGAGAACAGUCUAUGACUAGGGUGGCUGGAGUCUUUGACAAUUUUGAGGGCCUUCCUCUGACACCGCCUGGUAUAGAGGUCCUGGAUGGCAGGAAGCUUUGCCCCAGUGAUGUACUGGGCCGUACGCACUACCCUCUGUAGUGCCUUGCGGUCAGAGGUCAAGCAGUUGCCAUACCAGGCGGUGAUGCAACCAGUCAGGAUGCUCUCGAUGGUGCAGCUGUAGAAUUUUAUGAGGAUCUGAGGACCCAUGCCAAAUCUUUUUAGUCUCCUGAGGGGGAAUAGGCUUUGUCGUGCCCUCUUCACGACUGUCUUGGUGUGUUUGGACCAUGAUAGUUCGUUGGUGAUGUGGACACCAAGGAACUUGAAGCUCUCAACCUGUUCCACUACAGCCCCGUCGAUGAGAAUGGGGGUGUGCUCAGUCCUCUUUUUUUUCCUGUAGUCCACAAUCAUCUCCUUUGUCUUGGUCACGUUGAGGGAGAGGUUGUUGUCCUGGCACCACACGGCCAGAUCUCUGACCUCCUCCCUAUAGGCUGUCUCAUCGUUGUCGGUGAUCAGGCCUACCACUGUUGUGUCGUCGGCAAACUUAAUGAUGGUGUUGGAGUCGUGCCUGGCCAUGCAGUCAUGGGUGAACAGAGAGUACAGGAGGGGACUGAGCACGCACCCCUGAGGGGCCCCCGUGUUGAGGAUCAGUGUGGCAGAUGUGUUGUUACCUACCCUUACCACCUGGGGGAGGCCCAUCAGGAAGUCCAGGAUCCAGUUGCGGAGGGAGGUGUUUAGUCCCAGGAUCCUUAGCUUAGUGAUGAGCUUAGAGGGCACUAUGGUGUUGAAUGCUGAGCUGUAGUCAAUGAAUAGCAUUCUCACGUAGGUGUUCCUCUUGUCCAGGUGGGAAAGGGCAGUGUGGAGUGCGAUAGAGAUUGCAUCAUCUGUGGAUCUGUUGGGGCGGUAUGCAAAUUGGAGUGGGUCUAGGGUUUCUGGGAUUAUGCUGUUGAUGUGAGCCAUGACCAGUCUUUCAAAGCACUUCAUGGCUACAGAUGUCAGUGCUACGGGUCGGUAGUCAUUUAGGCAGGUUAUCUUAGAGUUCUUGGGCACGGGGACUAUGGUGGUCUGCUUGAAACAUGUUGGUAUUACAGACUCAGUCAGGGACAUGUUGAAAAUGUCAGUGAAGACACUUGCCAUUUGGUCAGCACAUGCUCGGAGUACACGUCCUGGUAAUCCGUCUGGCCCUGCGGCCUUGUGAAUGUUGACCUGCUUAAAAGUCUUACUCACAUCAGCUACGGAGAGCGUGAUCACAUAGUCAUCCGGAACAGCUGGUGCUCUCAUGCAUGCUUCAGUGUUGCUUGCCUCGAAGCAAGCAUAGAAGUGGUUUAGCUCGUCUGGUAGGCUUGUGUCACUGGGCAGCUCGCGGCUGUGCUUCCCUUUGUAGUCUGUAAUAGUUUUCAAGCCCUGCCACAUCCGACGAGCGUCAGAGCCAGUGUAGUAUGAUUCAAUCUUAGACCUGUAUUGACUCUUUGCCUGUUUGAUGGUUCGUCGGAGGUCAUAGCGGGAUUUCUUAUAAGCGUCCGGGUUAGAGUCCCGUUCCUUGAAUGCGGCAGCUCUACCCUUUAGCUCAGUGCGGAUGUUUCCUGUAAUCCAUGGCUUCUGGUUGGGGUAUGUACGUACGGUCACUGUGGGGACGACAUCAUCGAUGCACUUAUUGAUGAAGCCAGUGACUGAUGUGGUGUACUCCUCAAUGCUGUCUGAAGAAUCCCGGAACAUGUUCCAGUCUGUGCUAGCAAAACAGUCCUGUAGCUUAGCAUCUGCGUCAUCUGACCACUUUUUUAUUAACCGAAUCACUGGUGCUUCCUGCUUCAGUUUUUGCUUAUAAGCAGGAAUCAGGAGGAUAGAGUUAUGGUCAGAUUUGCCAAAUGGAGGGCGAGGGAGAGCUUUGUAUGCAUCUCUGUGUGUGGAGUAAAGGUGGUCUAGAGUUUUUUUCCCUCUGGUUGCACAUUUAACAUGCUGGUAGAAAUUAGGUAGAACGGAUUUAAGUUUCCCUGCAUUAAAGUCCCCGGCCACUAGGAGCGCUGCAUCUGAAUGAGCGUUUUCCUGUUGAUUAAUGGCCUUGUACAACUCAUUCAGUGCAAUCUUAAUGCCAGCAUUGGUUUGUGGUGGUAGAUAGACAGCUAUGAAAAAUAUAGAUGAAAACUCUCUUGGUAAAUAGUGUGGUCUACAGCUUAUCAUAAGAUACUCUACUGGGCUGUAAUAUUGUUUCUAUGCAGUUCAGAAAAAAACAGGCAACUGUAUAUUAUUGACCAAUAUUAGUUUAAAUACUCCACUCUCAUCAUGCUCAGUGCAACCCUGUCCAUGAUGGACAACCUAGAUGCCCCCUGGAUAUUGGAGUGAGUUCCAGAGCUUUAGUCCUGGGGAUCUUGGUCUAGGUUGUAAGCUCAGUGAGAGAUCUGCAUAAAAAGGGCAGGGAUUUAAAGGCUCAGCCAUUCAGUGUCAUAUCCUAUACCGUGUGUGUCUGUGUCAAAUAAAAUGGUAUUUGUCACAUGCUUUGUAAACAACAGGUGUAGAUUAACGAGUCCUUUUCCAACAAUGCAGAGAUAAAGAUAAUAUAUAUGUACACUACCAGUCAAGUUUGGACACACCUACUCAUUCAAGGGUUUUUCUUUAUUUUUAAUAUUUUGUACAUUGUAGAAUAAUAGUGAAGACAUCAAAACUAUGAAAUAGCACAUAUGGAAUCAUGUAGUAACCAAAAAAGUGUUAAACAAAAUAUAUUUUAUAUUUGAGAUUCUUCAAAUAGCCACCCUUUGCCUUGAUGACAGCUUUGCACACUCUUGGCAUUCUGAGAGCUUCAUGAGGUAGUCACCUGGAAUGCAUUUCAAUUAACAGCUGUCCCUUAUUUGCAACUCUGCCUAGAAGGUCAGCAUCCCGGAGUCGCCUCUUCACUGUUGACGUUGAGACUGGUGUUUUGUGGGUACUAUUUAAUGAAGCUGCCAGUUGAGGACCUGUGAGGCGUCUGUUUUUCAAACUAGACACUCUAAUGUAUUUGUCCUCUUGCUCAGUUGUGCACUGGGGCCUCCCACUCCUCUGUCUAUUCCGGUUAGAGCCAGUUUGCGCUGUUCCAUGAAGGGAGUAGUGCACAGCGCUGUACGAGAUAUUCAGUUUCUUGGCAAUUUCUUGCAUGGAAUAGCCUUCAUUUCUCAGAACAAGAAUAGACUGACAAGUUUCAGAAGAAAGUUAUUUGUUUCUGGCCAUUUUGAGCCUGUAAUCGAACCCACAAUUGCUGAUACUCCAGAUACUCAACUAGUCUCAAGAAGGCCAGUUUUAUUGGACAUUUCUAAGUGACCCCAAACUUUUGAACGGUAGUGUGUGUGUGUGUGUGUGUGUGUGUGUGUGUGUGUGUGUGUGUGUGUGUAUUUUAUUUUUUAUUUUUUACCCCAAAACCAACUGAGUAAAAGCAGGGGUGAAAGUAGAUGUAAUUUAUUUAAACAUUUUAUUAUGGGCCUAAUCAUAGAAUUACAUAUAGAAUCCCUAUUAAUUAAAUUAAUAUAGAAUCUCUAUUAAUUUAAUAGGAUCUCUGUUGGCCUAGUAGUAAAGAUUUGUCAUUUAACUUAACAAAAAUGUUUUAACUUUUAAUAUGGCAUAGACACAACCAGUCAUGAUGUUUUCAUCUGAUUGUCAAAUAAUCAAAGGCUCAUGUAGGCUACCCGCGCACAUUCUCCCACUCACAAAUUAAUUCCAGCUAUUUGCAUCUGCCAUUUGAUGAAUGUAAAGCAAAUUUUAGUGAUCAUCAUUAUGCCUACAUUUUCUGACUGAAUUGAUGAGUGUGCUGCUGUCUGCGUGCUUUAGUCUCGGCCAUUAAUCUCUGCCUUCGAAAAAUGUCAGUGUUCUCCUCUAACCACACAGCAUUCUGGAGUGUGUACUGUAUACCACCUGUUUUCAAGUCCAUUCACUCAUUUUUCAUGCAGCUAAUAUCAUUAUAAAUAAUAUUGUAAAAGCCUACAGUUUUCUUCACAUUUUGUUUUAAAUAUUGUGAUAGGCUCAUAUUUUAUUGGUACGGCGUACCCCCACUACUUAUUUUGCCAGGACUCCGUAAGGGACCGUACUGGUUUACUUUCACCCCUGAUAAAAGCAAUUGAGCCGGGCUGACCACAAGAGUCCUCAGCAUUCCAGCUGCAUGAGGCCAGCAUUUCCACGUGAGACGCUAAGGCCCCAGUCAAGAGCGCCUUUGUUCCCCCACACAAUCUAUGGAUCACUGGCCCAUCGGAGGCAAUAGGAAGUGACUGUUGCCAUUUCAAACAAUGAGCCAUGACGUGAGUUGGUGAUGUUCAGACAGCAAUUGUUCCUUUAAGGUUUCAAAAAGGCUGGAUUAGGUGGGCAUCUUGUAGCUCACACUCCUCAGUGAAAUGAAAGGGCAGAUCUGAUUUGUCAGUAUGUGUGGUUUCUAAACAGUUUACCUGGGGGGGGGAAAGUCCUGUUGAUUAGGAUUAUGAAUCAGUCCAUCCACAUUGCAUUUGACAAGGUUUAAGCUGGAACAUUUCCCCUCAAAUUUGUAUCUUGCUAUUAUUUUAUUGGAAAAGAAAGCACACAAGGGAAACAGCCUGUCUAGUUACAAACUAUGACUCAUAGUUUGUCAUGGGGACACAAUGUAAAUUAAUGACACAUAAGAAUAUUUAAUUGAGCUGAUCAGAUUUUCCACUGUGUAGAGGAGAAAAAAUAAAGAAUUCUGAGCUACUGUUCUAGGAAGUUCUAAUAAUUCCCCUUUAGACAUGCACAUAUAUCAUUCAGUAUACCAAAACACAUAUUAUUUGACCAAAUAGAAGUGCUUUUAUUACCCCUGUUCUAUUUCCAUUGUCCAGGGUCUCCUAAAAUGUAUAUUGUUUUAUGUAUGAGGAAAGAGGUGGCCGUCCCAUAAGGAGAUCUUGGAUCUGGUGUCCAUCCAACAGACAGUCAGCUGCUUCCCUGCCUAGCCACCACAAGAUGGGGGCAUUAACCCAUGACCAUGCUCCAGACUAAGUAGCUUUGACUCAGACGUGCUGCUGCUCACAGCAUCUCCCAGUUCUGCAUACUGCUGCACAUACUGUGGAUCCCUUUCUCAACCACUCAGAAUGGUUUGUGAUUAAUCAAGUGUGUUACGGCAUAAAAAGGAUUAUGUCUGUUGCAAAUGGUGGACCGGUCAAUUGUAACAGACCGUUCAAUCACCAAUUAUUGAGUUAUCAUAGCUUUGACUUUGACCAUGUAAUCUUGACCCCAAGGUCAAUUUAUGCCAUUAACUAGAGAUUCUCUAUGAUCCUGACCUUUCCUUUUAAUCUCUGACCUGAACGGUCUCUAUUUACCUAACUUUGCAUGAACCCUGUCGUCUGACCUCCAGCAUCCAUACUCACUCAGGUGGACCGCUCUGUCCCUGUCUGCCUCUUACAAAAGCCAGGAGAGCUAUCAGACUCCCCCAUCACUUCACCACAUACCUUACUGGGUCGUUCCACCAUUUCUGUGCCUUUUUGAGAAGUGUAACUUGGUAAAAAUAAACUUUGGAUUUCACCUCAUUUUAACAUUCUGUCAUAAAGAGCAUAUAUUCAACUUCAUAAAAAAACAUGUUUUCCCAUCUCAAGAGGUUAAAUAAAAAAACGACUAUAGUAAGUGCCUAUUAAGUGCCAAAUAAAGUAACAGAGUUGACCGUAACAGGGUUGACGAUUUCAUCUGAAAUCAGCCAUAAAUCCCCUUGUGACGGGGGAAUGGAAUCUUGUUGUGUGCGACAGGGAUGGGCAAUUGAAUGCAAGCUUCACAAAAAAAUGAAAUUGUUAAAACAUUUCUAGUCUAUCUAUGGGUAACAAGGUUAACGUGUUAUGCUUGACCCGCUCAGUUUUCCACCUCAAAACACCAGUAAAUUGCCAAAAAGAGUCACAUGCUUUUACACUAUGGUUUGACUAUUAUUAUUUUUUAGCGAGCGUUCAGUUCACAUAACAGGGUUGACAUUAAAAUGAGGGAGAGAUGUAAAUGAAUCACUAAUCACAUGAAAUAAAUAAUCUUCAUAAAUGACUUUGUGAAAGCAACAAAAAUAACUAGGGCUUCACAAUGAUGGUGAAACUACUGAGAAAUGUUCGGGUUCAGUGGGUUAAAAUCUUCCUAGACGGAGGGAUAUUCCAAAUAAACACUUUAACAAGUCUUUUCAUAUAACAAAUCAGAUUUAUUGAAUUCUCCAUGCGGUCUAUAUUAAAGGGCACUUUAUUUAAUAUACUUUAACAGGCUUUUAAAAUUAAAUAUUGGUGCACAAUUUCUUCUUAAAUUAUCAAAGGGACGCAAAAGACACAUUUUGUGGAAUGACCCUACUGCUUUAACUGGAAGGAAGAUUGGCUCCCAGUUUUAUUGGUGAAAUUAAAAUCUGUAAACCCAUAAAAACAGCUAGCUUUUGGCUUGGCCUGCUGUCGUUAGUGACAGUCUUCCUAGAAAGGCUUUGCACAGGUUUGGCCAAUUGAAAUAUUUAGGGAAUGGCACGUGUUUGGGUGGGUGGAUAGCACGCCUGCGACUGGUGCUCUCCAAGGCACAGGUCUAGGUUUGGGUCUUUCAUUAUGGGAACCGGUUCGGUCUGUGUGUGUCCCGGUCUGGUGGUUCUGGCACUAUAGUAUUGAUAAAUUACCAUCGGUAGAAGUGGUGGCGGCGUUGUAGGAAAUACAGUUUGGUCGUAUCCUGUCCUGUCUGUAGAGGUGACCACUGACAGACCUUGGCUGUAGUAGGGGACUAGUGUAGUGUUUCUGUGGAUGGAUGUCUGAUAAAUGGCUGUAUUCAAUGCAGGUUUAAAGCAGACGCUUUACUUCUGUAGUCAAAGUUGGCUAGAUAGGGCAUCUCCAUGAGGAAUGUGACUCAAAGCUAUUGUGAGUAUGGGAUUGGUAGGAGGGAGAGGUAAUGACCACGAUUGGCUAGCAACUACAAAAAUGGCAGUCUCAUUGUGUAAUGAAUCUUUGUGGUAUGUAUUCUGAAUAGCUGUCUAAGAUUAGCUUUAUGUCACAAAGUGCAAAUGAACAGGUUCUAAGAUCUGGGUUGAGCAGGCGGUGUGAAAACAGAGACCAGUCAAUGGGGUGGUUUGAUUCCAGUUUAACUUUUCAUCAAUGCAUGGUUUUACAAAAAUACACUUCAGGUUUCCAAUAUACAUCAAGUUCAAUUUGUUUCAGUUCAGAUUCAAGUUAUUUAGCCAUAUAAAUUAUCAUUUUUUCCAAACCAAUGUAAAGUAAUAAUUUCAGUAAAAUACACAAACCUAAUAAACAGGAACAAAGGAAGCGACCCAGCCCCAAGGCAGGUGUCCAGGCUUCUUCAAUUUCCCCAUUGUUUGUUCACAAACUUAUCAGCACAUGCUACCAGCAACAGGGACACCAUACCUCUGGACUGGAUCACUUCCUGUGUCCGGCUGCCUAGAAGCAAAAUAACCGUUUUUUAAAGGGAAAACAAUAAACCAAUUAACCAACGGCAAUGCCAGCUUGGUGAAAAUGUUAAACCAAUUCGUCACACCUGUGACAUUUACGAGUACUGACAAGGGAACCACAAGAUGAUAGGGGAGCAAACUAAGGUUUCUGGCACUAAUUAUCUCACUGAGAUAUUUAAGGCACCUAGAUGGCACACUACAGUCCAUACAUCUCAUUAGCCGAACCAACUCUGUUUUCACAGCAACUUCUCCAACUACAGGAACCGCUUCAGCAUGCCAGGACAGACUGAGAGUCUAUGGUACAGGUAAGGGAGCAUCUACCACACACACUUACCUUCUACUGUAUAGAAGUGGUCAUUGAUUAACGUAAACUCACCCCAAAUGAUUUAGCCAAAGAGAGGGGAGCUCUAACUAGCAUCCCCUUUGGAACACUUUGGUUCAAUCUGCGUGAAGGGGCCAACGGCACAAAGGAGCCAUACAUCCGACCUGUGGCAGGCUCAUAACACACAGGACAUUCUCUGAGGCAGUAAGAUAAUACAUCCUGGACCGCAGGCCUGCUCCUCACUCCCCUGGCUAAGGAAGAGAUGAGGCCCCUUCUCUCCAGCACCUGCACGGCACGCAGGACUGGGGUGAUGUCUGAGGAGAGGAGACAGACAAACCCUGCCUCCAAAAGAGAGGAGGUCCCAGCCCAGCUAUUUCUUUGGGGGAAAUCUUUCACUAUAGACGAAUUAAGUGUGUCCCUGUCAGUAGUUUGUAUGUAUACUUUGGAUGGUCAAGGCUGUUGAUCUUUUGUAUGCGCUCUGUCCACAGCUGGAAUGUAGGAUCCGCCCAUAUCAUCUCUCUCUCCACUGAGAUCUACUUCUUUCUUGAUUAUGGCGUGGAUCUCCUCUUCAAGCAGUACGAGUGGCUUAAAAAGGACCUUGAGGUAAAGUACUUAAUUUACAGUCCCAGUAUUAGUGAAGCUGUUUGUCUCUGGACAACUGAACGUGGCAGUAAUGCCCUUUUUUAGUAUUAUUUCUUGAGUAAUAAACUUUGGUGUCCUAAACAGUACACACACACACACACACACACACACACACACAGCGACGUGACUCAUUCUCUUGUCUGAUCCUCUAUCAGGAUGCCAACAGGCCAGAGAACCGAGCAGAGCGCCCCUGGAUCAUCACUAUGGGACACAGACCCAUGUACUGCUCUAACAACGAUAAAGACGACUGCACCCAGUUUGAGAGCUAUGUAUGUACAGUGGGGAAAAAAAGUAUUUAGUCAGCCACCAAUUGUGCAAGUUCUCCCAUUUAAAAAGAAGAGAGAGGCCUGUAAUUUUCAUCAUAGGUACACAUCAACUAUGACAGACAAAUUGAGAAAACAUUAUCCAGAAAAUCACUUUGUAGGAUUUUUUAUGAAUUUAUUUGCAAAUUAUGGUGGAAAAUAAGUAUUUGGUCACCUACAAACAAGCAAGAUUUCUGGCUCUCACAGACCUGUAACUUCUUCUUUAAGAGGCUCCUCUGUCCUCCACUCGUUACCUGUAUUAAUGGCAACUGUUUGAACUUGUUAUCAGUAUAAAAGACACCUGUCCACAACCUCAAACAGUCACACUCCACACUCCACCAUGGCCAAGACCAAAGAGCUGUCAAAGGACACCAGAAACAAAAUUGUAGAUCUGCACCAGGCUGGGAAGACUGAAUAUGCAAUAGGUAAGCAUCUUGGUUUGAAGAAAUCAACUGUGGGAGCAAUUAUUAGGAAAUGGAAGACAUACAAGACCACUGAUAAUCUCCCUCGAUCUGGGGCUCCACGCAAGAUCUCACCCCGUGGGGUCAAAAUGAUCACAAGAACAGUGAGCAAAAAUCCCAGAACCACACGGGGGGACAUAGUGAAUGACCUGCAGAGAGCUGGGACCAAAGUAACAAAGCCUACCAUCAGUAACACACUACGCAGCCAGGGACUCAAAUCCUGCAGUGCAAGACGUGUCCCCCUGCUUAAGCCAGUACAUGUCCAGGCCCGUCUGAAGUUUGCUAGAGUGUAUUUGGAUGAUCCAGAAGAGGAUUGGGAGAAUGUCAUAUGGUCAGAUGAAACCAAAAUAGAACUUUUUGGUAAAAACUCAACUCGUCGUGUUUGGAGGACAAAGAAUGCUGAGUUGCAUCCAAAGAACACCAUACCUACUGUGAAGCAUGGGGGUGGAAACAUCAUGCUUUGGGGCUGUUUCUCUGCAAAGGGACCAGGACGACUGAUCCGUGUAAAGGAAAGAAUGAAUGGGGCCAUGUAUCGUGAGAUUUUGAGUGAAAACCUCCUUCCAUCAGCAAGGGCAUUGAAGAUGAAACGUGGCUGGGUCUUUCAGCAUGACAAUGAUCCCAAACACACCGCCCGGGCAACGAAGGAGUGGCUUCGUAAGAAGCAUUUCUAGGUCCUGGAGUGGCCUAGCCAGUCUCCAGAUCUCAACCCCAUAGAAAAUCUUUGGAGGGAGUUGAAAGUCCGUGUUUCCCAGUGACAGCCCCAAAACAUCACUGCUCUAGAGGAGAUCUGCAUGGAGGAAUGGGCCAAAAUACCAGCAACAGUUUGUGAAAACCUUUUGAAGACUUACAGAAAACGUUUGACCUGUGUCAUUGCCAACAAAGGGUAUAUAACAAACUAUUGAGAAUCUUUUGUUAUUGACCAAAUACUUAUUUUCCACCAUAAUUUGCAAAUAAAUUCAUUAAAAAUCCUACAAUGUGAUUUUCUGGAAUUCUUUUUCUCAUUUUGUCUGUCAUAGUUACACAAUAAAAUUACGGCCUCAUCUGUUUAAGAGAAAUGCACAUGGGGCGACUAAAUUUUUUUUCCAAUGGCACAAAAACUGUGAGAGAAGGGGGUCAAUUACAUGGCUGGAUGGAUGAUACUCUCUGUAUUAGUUUUGAAAUUGAAUGGUAUUCCUGGAUUUAAGAAUUACUAAAUUAAUUAAUGUACAAUUGCUUUCAGCAAGUGAACUUCAACAGCAACUAGUGUUACAGGGGUUUUAGAGUCCGAGCAUCCAAAACGUCUAAGGACAAUGAGUACAGUCCUCUAUUAGCUACACGUGUUCUGGUCAGUCAGAUAUGGUGAGAAACGCAGUGUAUAUCACCCUGGGGCUGAUGGGUCAGUGGGAAGAGAUAUACAGCAGUCCAGGAAAGAACAAGGCAGAGGGGGACUGAGGUAGGUGCUGAGGUGAGCUCUGCUGGCAACAUGCAGAAUCACCCUCCUCCUCCUGAGGGGUGUAAAUCUGACCAAACCUGAGCAACAACUGGCUGACCUGCCGAACAUCACCUGUACUGAUCAUAAGUGAAGUUUUACAAGCAGAAAUAACUCUCUGUUCCCCCUCAAUGCAACUAUUUACUCAUUACAUGUUGAUUGCUAUUAUUUUCUGACCAAGGAGGCUCUCAGUCUGUUAAUAUGCUUUAUAUUACACUUGGCACUGAUGAUUUACUGGACAUAGCAUUGAUAGAUAUGUGAAGAACAGCUAGGCUGUGUCCCAGAGAGCUAUUCUGUUACGUAAAAGCAUUUACAGGGUUUGUUUCUGCUCCGUUGCUGGAGACAUUAAUUGCUGUGUUGCUUAAAACCUGUCAACGUCUGAGGCUACUGGCUAGUCCACAUUAGCCCUGAAGCACAUAGUUUCCAUUCAGACCUGUUGCAUUCAGCACUUGGCAUGGGUAAAGAGUGACACCCUGCCAUGGACAUGAGGGUGAUAUCAGAUGAGGUUUCUGAUCCUAAUCCCAGCAUUCGCUCUGCUCUGUUUCAGGUCCGCCUCGGACGGAAUGACACCAAACCACCAGCGCCAGGUCUGGAGGAUCUAUUGUAUCUAUACGGUAUGGUCUGCAUUUUAUACAACAGAACUGUGCUGUAGUAGUUGUUACGGUCACAAAUCUGUCCUCUCAGACAGACUAAUGUCCCAGCACUCGGCUCGAACAGAGUAAUCCAAACACAUUUCCUUUAUUACAACAGCAGACCGCUGCUUUGGACAUCACUCAACAAACCAUUAUCCAAAUGUUUUCCUAUGUUACACUUCUCUCGCUUGUUGGUUGUGUUUCUUGAGUGGAACCCUUAUAUUUAGUGCUCUUUGAUGAAUAGCAAACGUGAGUAAGUAGGUAAAACAUGUGAGGCAUGUUCUAUGGGGUUAAUGAAUUAAAAUGGUCAAAAUACACAUUUUCAUGGUUAUAUUGGAUAGUACAAUGAAAAGGCCUGAGGAUCCCGCAGUUGCUCUUAGUCCUUUGUGUUGCAGUCCAUAGUCUUUGAAGAUAGGCAUGGGUGGUAUCCAGAUUUUCAAGGGGCGCUAUUUAAAAAAAGUACCAGUCAAAAGUUUUGACACCUACUCAUUCCAGGGUUUUUCUUUAUUUUUACUAUUUUCUACAUUGUAGAAUAAUCGUGAAGACAUAAAAACUAUGAAAUAACACAUAUGGAAUCAUGUAGUAACCAAAAAAAGUAUUAAACAAAUCAAAAUAUAUUUGAGAUUCUUCAAAGUUGCCACCCUUUGCCUUGAUGACAGCUUUGCACACUCUUGGCAUUCUCUCAACCAGCUUCAUGAGGUAGUCACCUGGAAUACAUUUCAAUUAACAGAUAUGCCUUGUUAAUUUGUCGAAUUUCUUUCCUUAAUGUGUUUGAGCCAAUCAGUUGUGUUGUGACAAGAUAGGGUUGGUAUACAGAAGAUAGCCCUAUUUGGUAAAAUACCAAGUCCGUAUUAUGGCAAGAACAGCUCAAAUAAGCAAAGAGAAAUGACAGUCCAUCAUUACUUUAAGACAUGAAGGUCAAUCAAUCCGGAAAAUGUCAAGAACUUUGAAAGUUUGUUCAACUGCUGUCGCAAAAACAAUCAAGCGCUAUGAUGAAACUGGCUCUCAUGAGGAAAGGAAGACCCAGAGUUACCUCUGCUGCAGAGGAUAAGUUCAUUAGAGUUAACUGCACCUCAGAUUGCAGCCCAAAUAAAUUAUUCACAGAGUUCAAGUAACAGACACAUGCGUGAAUCAGGCCUUCAUGGUCGAAUUGCUACAAAGAAACCACUACUAAAGGACACCAAUAAGAAGAGACUUGCUUGGGCCAAGAAACACGAGCAAUGGACAUUAGACCGGUGAAAAUUUGUCCUUUGGUCUGAUGAGUCCAAAUUUGAGAUUUUUGGUUCCAACCGCCGUGUCUUUGUGAGACGCAGAGUAGGUGAACUGAUUAUUUCCUUAUGUGUGGUUCCCACCGUGAAGCAUGGAGGAGUAGGUGUGGGGGUGCUUUGCUGGUGACACUGUCUGUGAUUUAUUUAGAAUUCAAGAUACUUAACCAGCAUGGCUACCACAGCAUUCUGUAGCGAUACGUCAUCCCAUCUGGUUUGCGCUUAGUGGACCUAUCAUUUGUUUUUUAACAGGACAAUGACAAACACACCUCCAGGCUGUGUAAGGGCUAUUUGACCAAGGAGAGUGAUGAAGUGCUGCAUCAGAUGACCUGGUCUCCACAAUCACCCGACCUCAACCCAAUUUGAGAUGGUUUGGGAUGAGUCGGACGGCGGAGUGAAGGAAAAGCAGCCAACAAGUGCUCAGCAUAUGUGGGAACUCCUUCAAGACUGUUGGAAAAGCAUUCCUCAUGAAGCUGGUUGAGAGAAUGCCAAGAGUGUGCAAAGCUGUCAUCGAGGCAAAAGGUGGCUACUUUGAAGAAUCUGAAAUAUAAAAUAUUUUGAUUUGUUUAAUACUUUUUUUGGUUACUACAUGAUUCCACAUGUGUUAUUUCAUAGUUUUGAGGUCUUCUAUUAUUCUACAAUGUAGAAAAUAGUAAAACAUAUAGAAACCCUUGAAUCAGUAGGUGUGUCCAAACUUUUGACUGGUACUGUGUGUGUGUAUAUAAAACAUUUUUUUGGGGGGACGCACAAAAUAAUUUAGGCAACGGGGAUCUUGAUCCAGCCCUGAGCUGGAUAUAAUUUAUUUUUCACAUCUUUGAUUUUCUUAUAGUUAUACUUAAGCAGUGGUGUAGCACGUGCCCCCGUGAGCGGAAUAAAAAUUCUAACAUUUUGUAAACAAAUAUAACACUAAUAUAUUUAUAUUGGAUAAGUAUUCAACACUGUGAGUCAAUACAUGUUAGAAUCACCCUUGGCAGUGAUUUACCGCUGUGAGUCUUUCUGGGUAAGUCUCUAAGAGUUUUCCACACCUGGCUUGUUCAACAUUUGCCUUUUCUUUUUUUUUUAUUCUUCAAGCUCUGUCAAAUUGGUUGUUGAUCAUUGCUAGACAACCAUUUUCAGGUGUUGCCAUGGAGUUUAAGCAGAUUUAAGUCAAAACUGUAACUCAGCCACUCCAGAACCUUCACUGUCUUCUUGGUAAGCAACUCCAGUGUAGAUUUGGGCUUGUUUUAGGUUAUUUUCCUGCUGAAAGGUGAAUUCAUCGCCCAGUGUCUGGUGGAAACCUGGUUUAGUCUGCUUUUCCUCUAGGGUUUUGCCUGUGCUUAGCUCUAUUCAGUUUAUUUUUUUAAUCCUGAAUUACUCCCCAGUCCUUAACGAUUACAAGCAUACCCAUAACGUGAUGCAGCCACAACUAUGCUUGAAAAUGGCCCUCCUGUAGCUCAGUUGGUAGAGCAUGGAGCUUGCAAUGCCAGGGUUGUGUGUUCGAUUCCCACGGGGGGUCAGUAUGAAAAAGGUAUGCACUCACUAACUGUAAGUCGCUCUGGAUAAGAGCGUCUGCUAAAUGACCCCCCCCCCAAAAAAAAAAAAAAAUAUAUAUAUAUAUGGAGUGGUACUCGGUAAUGUAUUGGACUUGCCCCAAACAUAACAGUUUGUAUUCAGGACAAAAAGUGAAUUGCUUUGCCACAUUUUUUGCGGUAUUAAAACUCGUUUUUCAACCACUCCACAAAUGUCUUGUUAACAAACUAUAGUUUUGGCAAGUCAGUUAGGACAUCUACUUUGUGCAUGACACAAGUAAUUUUUCCAACAAUUGUUUAGACAGAUUAUUUCACUUAUAAUUCACUGUAUCACAAUUCCACUAAGUUAGUACACUAAGUUGAUUGUGCCUUUUAAACAGCUUGGAAAAUUCCAGAAAAUGAUGUCAUGGCUUUAGAAGCUUCUGAUAGGCUAAUUGACAUCAUUUGAGUCAAUUGGAGGUGUACCUGUGGAUGUAUUUCAAGGCCUACCUUCAAACGCAGUGCCUCUUUGCUUGACAUCAUGGGAAAAUCAAAAGAAAUCAGCCAAGACCUCAGAAAUUAUUUUGUAGACUUCCACAAGUCUGGUUCAUCCUUGGGAGCAAUUUCCAAACCACUGAAGGUACCACGUUCAUCUGUACCAACAAUAGUAUGCAAGUAUAAACACCAUGGGACCACGCAGCCGUCAUACUGCUCAGGAAGGAGAUGCGUUCUGUCUCCUAGAGAUGAACAUACUUUGGUGCGAAAAGUGCAAAUCAAUCCCAGAACAACAGCAAAGGACCUUGUGAAGAUGCUGGAGGAAACAGGUACAAAAGCAUCUAUAUCCACAGUAAAACGAGUCCUAUAUCGACAUAACCUGAAAGGCCGCUCAGUAAGGAAGAAGCCACUGCUCCAAAACCGCCAUAAAAAAGCCAGACUACGGUUUGCAACUGCACAUGGGGACAAUGAUCGUACUUUUUGGAGAAAUGUCCUCUGGUCUGAUGAAACAAAAAUAGAACUGUUUGGCCAUAAUGACCAUCGUUAUGUUUGGAGGAAAAAUGGGGUAGCUUGCAAGCCGAAGAACACCAUCCCAACCGUGAAGCACGGGGGUGGCAGCAUCAUGCUGUGGGGGUGCUUUGCUGCAGAAGGGACUGGUGCACUUCACAAAAUAGAUGGCAUCAUGAGGAAGGAAAAUGAUGUGGAUAUAUUGAAGCAACAUCUCAAGACAUCAGUCAGGAAGUUAAAGCUUGGUCGCAAAUGGGUCUUCCAAAUGGACAAUGACCCAAAGCCUUCUUCCAAAGUUGUGGCAAAAUGGCUUAAGGACAACACUCAAGGUAUUGAAGUGGCCAUCACAAAGCCCUGACCUCAAUCCUAUAGAAAAUGUGGGCAGAACUGAAAAAGUGUGUGCGAGCAAAGAGGCCUACAAACCUGACUCAGUUACACCAGCUCUGUCAGGAGGAAUGGGCCAAAAUUCACCCAACUUAUUUUGGGAAGCUUGUGGAAGGCUACCCGAAACGUUUGACCCAAGUUAAACAAUUUAAAGGCAAUGCUACCAAAUACUCAUUGAGUGUAUGUAAACUUCUGACCCACUGGGAAUGUGAUGAAAGAAAUCAUUCUCUCUACUAUUAUUCUGACAUUUCACAUUCUUAAAAUAAAGUGGUGAUCCUAACUGACCUAAGACAGGGAAUUUUUACUAGGAUUAAAUGUCAGGAAUUGUGAAACUGAGUUUAAAUGUAUUUGGCUAAGGUGUAUGUAAACUUCCGACUUCAACUGUAUGUAUGGGGUACAGCGAUGAGGUAGUCAUGUUAAACACUGUUAUUGCACACUGAGUCCACUUAUUAUGUGACUUUUUAAGUACAUUUUUACCCCUGAACUUAUUUAGGCUUGCCAUAAGAAAGGGGUUGAAUAUUUAUUGACUCAAGACAUUUCAGCUUUAAAUUUUAAAUUAAUUUGUGAACCUUUCUAAAAAUGUAAUUACAAUAUACAGACUGUGCACCCUCAAUUUGAUGAAUGGAAAGAGGCAUCGGGUACAAAACACCUAAACAUAAUUCCACUUUGACAUUAUGGCGUAUUGUAAAAAAGUCUAUAUUAUAAAUUCAGGCUGUAACACAACAAUGUGGAAAAAGUCAAGGUGUGAAUACUUUCGGAAGGCUUUAUUUUUGGUAUUGAAAAUCAUACCAUCGGUAUUUUGAAAUUAUACGGUAUAUUGCCCAAGCCUAUUUGCAGGUAAGUACUGUAUGAAAAGUGUCAUAUCAACUAAUGCAAAGUAUUUUUCCAGGAGUGGACCUGGAGCUGUGGGCCCAUGAACACACAUAUGAGAGGUUGUGGCCUGUCUAUGGCUACAAGGUCAGUUCCCAUGUGAAUAAUCACUACAACACACACACUCCUUGUCCAUCAGUGUUUUGUCACAGACUGAAGAGCCCUUUAAUGUUCCUCUUCCAGGUCUUCAAUGGGAGCAUGGAACAGCCUUAUGUGAACCCCAAAGCCCCAGUACAUAUCAUCACAGGCUCUGCUGUAAGUAGACCACUGCUUUGACCUCUCUUUUUCAGUCAAUGGGUGGUGUGCUGUGGUAUUUAAACAGCUAUUUAUCUGGUGCACAAUUAAAUAAACUGUUUUCGUCCUUUAUAAAUGCUGUCAACAAAGCAGGACACUCUUGGUCAUCCAACCACAAGAGUUGGUCAUCCCCAUAUCAAACUGUUGUCAGGACAGCACCAGAGCCAUAGUCCUGUUCCAAAUGUCACAGAAGCCUGAGAAUGAGCUUUAGGGAGGCACGUGGCUCUCCACAAACAGAACAUGAACCUUUGACUGAAAACGGGACACUAUCGACGAUCAAAGGACUGAAGUAGCAUACAGUGCUUAGUGAAAGUCUACACAGCCUUGCGCGGUAUUAAUAUAUUUUCUGCCUAAAAGUUCAAUCUGGAUUUUCUCAUUGAUCUACACAACCUACUCCACAAGUAAAAGAAAACGUAUAAAACAAUUCUGAAUAUAAAUUGAUUGCAAAGGUCUUCACACCCCUUGCUGAGGCACAUCUAAAUAAGUUUAGGAGAAAAUAUUUUCAUAACAUUUAUUGAAUGAGGUCCAGCUGUUUGCAAAAGUAGUGGUUCUCAUGGUUUUAGUCUCUAAGGUGCCUUAGUUGGUUAAUGAAUGUCUAACAAUGAUUCAACCUCAAAGCCAACAAUGAGCUUUAAAUGCAUGUCUGGGAUACAUUUUUAAACAGGCAUAGAUCAGGGGAGGAUAAGAAAUAAUUCCAAUUACUUUUGUGCCUAAAUUAAAUUUUUUAGACCAUCAGGUUUGGGUUAAAUACAAUACAACACAUCAGAGUGAAACCCUCUGUAUUGUGGUGGCAGGUUAUGGGUAUGCUUGUUACCGGCACGGACUGGGGAGUUUGUCAGGAUCAAAAUAAAUAUGAAAGGAGCAAAGCCCAGGUAAAAAGUUAGAGGAAAACCUACCUCAGUCUUCUGAAUAUCUAACCCUGGGAUAAAAAAAAUUAUACAAUACAAUUACACAAAUGUUCAUGCCAAAGACUCACCAGAAUGGCUUUCCAAGAGGUGUUGAGUGGCCAAGUCUCACUCCUGACUGUUUGAAAAGCAGAGACAAGGUUUGAGUAUUGCUGUCCAUCAAUGAUUCCCAAACAAAUUUACUGAGCUCGAGGAAUUUCGACAGAAACAAUAGAUAUAUUGCCCUAAGGGUUGUGCAAAGUUGGUAGAAUCUUAUUCAAAAUGAAUCACAGCUCUAAUUGCUGCCAAAGGUGCUUCCACCAAGUAUUAACUCUGGGGUGUGAAGACCUACGCAAUCAAGAUCUUUGUUUUUUUAUGAAUGUAGAAAAUGUUCUUUAGGGAGAAAAAAAUCAAAUGUAAUCCGUUUUUUUUAAUUUCACUUCAAGUCAGCAAAAUGUGAACUGUGCAAGGGGUAUUUAGACUUUCACUAGGCGCUGUAGGUUGGAUUGUGGAUAUCUAUGGUCUUUUCAGGGCUGCCGUGAGAAUCAUGAUCCGUUCGUCCCUAAUCCAAGGGACUGGAGUGCCUUCCGCAGUACAGAUUAUGGAUACACCCGCAUGCAGGUGCACAACACCACCCAUCUGUACCUGGAGCAGGUCUCCGAUGACCAGGUGAGUGGAGAGGGAAGUCCUCAGUUCUAUACCUAACUAUAAAGUGGAUGGUCUUCUACAACCUCUUACUGAUAUGUAAUAUACUUCAUGGGAAAAUAAAUAAUUGCACUGUUCAUCCAGUUUUGUUGGCUCAGUGAUAAAGGAGAAUGCUUCUGUUUCAGUAUGGUAAGGUGAUCGACAGCAUCUGGGUGGUGAAGGAAAAACACGGCUUCUCAGCCUGGUUCUGAAGACCGCAAGAACCCCAGCCAAUCAAAUCAACAUCUCUUCUCAGGAAAUGCACUUUUAAACCUAAUCAUGGUGAACUGCACUGUUUGUUGACUGCUAUCAAACCAAUCAUAGGAAAAGUAUUAUUCUCCAAAUAACGGAAAUCUUCUAACACAGGCCCAGCCGUGGAGGACUGUUAGUAAUUAGACACACAUUUUUCAAAUUGGGUGUCACGUUCGUUGAGUACAGGAUUGGACCAAGGUGCAGCGUGGAAUGCAUACAUGGUUAUUCACUAAGUUAACACACGACAAAACAACAAAAGCAAUGUAACGUGAAGCUCACAAUGGCUACACACAAACAAGAGUCAAGAUCCCACAACAUAGGUAGGCAAAAUGGCUACCUAAGUAUGAUCCCCAAUCAGAGAUAACGAUCGACAGCUGCCUCUGAUUGGGAAC